CGAUUAAUAAUCUUUCUCCGCUAAUACAGCGAACGGAAGCUGUAAUUGGAAAAAGAGACAUUUGCAAUUUCGGAGGGAUUAACGCGCGUAUAGACGAUGCAAAUUUCGCGUAAUUCGAUGGAAAAUGAAAACGGGGAAAAGAAAGGAAAAGAAAGGAAAGACAGAUAAAUCGGUAUCGAUUAGAAAAAGCGGGGUUCGACCUCGGGGCGACGUCGGAGCUGGUGGCAAAAAGGUAGGUUCGCGUCGACAGUGAGGAUCGCGAUUACGAGGAAGCUACGAGGAAGUCGGUGAAGCCCCCUCCAACGUCCUAUGGUAUUUCCCACUCGAUUACAACGCUUCGAUUAUUUCCGUUCGCGCCGUAUAACCGGCCAUCUAUUCGUCCUCGUCGGACUCGAAGGGUCGCGCGUUCCGGUGGUCCAUUUGUCUCCGUUCGUCGAACGCGUUAUACGGCGCGGCAAGUCUGGCGCAUGCGCGCUAUCGCCAGUCUCUCAUGGCGCGCGCGAGAGGAGUGGGGUGUGUGGCGGCAAGCUUCCAGCGGAGAUCGCAACUUGCGGCUCAGUCGCUCGUCAGCUCCGACACUCUGUGAGUGGAUUUUGCCGCGUAGUCGUCGUCGCGCCUCCGAAACACUCGAGUCGUGUCCGAAGUGAAAGGAAAUCCGUUUCGCGUAUCCUCCUCGAAUUCGUCUACCGGUCGCCGUAGCUACCUGAGGUAGCCUCCUGUGGAGAAAAUAGGGUAAAAAGGACAGAAAGAAGGGAAGAGAAGAGAACGGCAGAGAGAGAGAGAAAGAGAGAGAGAGAGAGAGAGAGAGAGAGAGGGAGAGUGAUAUUCGAGUGGUGUCGACUGUGAUACACUUAGCCGCGUAGAUAGCUCUGUGAUAUACGCGUAUACACACAUGGAUAUUUCGAUAGCUCUGGACUUUUCUCGUACGGACACCGAAAACCGAUAUCCGUGUGCAGAUAUCUGCUGAACGUUUAAUCGUUGUCGAACGGGGAUCUCUGGUUGUGUGCGAGCAACACGGGGGAUCCGUACGAUUAGCGGGGAUAUUGGAAUGGGUGUAUAAAUAAAUACGUAGAAGGUGCGGAAGAAAGGAGAGGGAAAGAGGGACGGACGGACGGACGAACGGAGAGAGAUAGAGAAGAGCAGCGGAAGAAAAGAUACACGUGCGCGUGGUCGGUGUCUCGAGGAUACCUGUGGAUGCCAGGCUGUAGUCACGACGUAUUAGGGCGCGGAUUUCUGCCCGAUGACCGCCGAGGGGAUUCGCUUCGACUCGCUAACCGAUCUACACCAUUGAUAUUACGCCGCAUCGGACGGUUCAUCGGCUAAGCCGCGAUCGAGCCGAAAACCCUUCGAAUCGUGACUAACGCUCCUUGGUAUAUCUCUAACCAGACACUUCACGAACGUCUUAAGAUCCCAUCCAUCAAACACGUAAUUGGACUGGAUGCAGUAAAAUACGAAAAUCGAGAUACGAGUCAUGGAGAAGGAAUCCCCGUAUUAAGGGAAAAGAAGAUAGAGAGAGAAACGUGUUAUGAAAUUGUUGCCGUCGAUUCAGCUGCCGCAAUUGCCACCGGUCUCGGCCGGCGGUGGAAUGACGGGGAUGGACUCUCGACUACCACCGGGUAUAUCUCUGCCUUUUAGCCCGACAGAGCUGCUCUGGCGAUACGGACCUGCCAUGAAUUUUCCACCCACUCAUCCGCCACCGAGUCCCUUUCUCGAUUUCAAGACGCAUCUACCAGCUAGUUUGGCUUCGGAUCCACGGCUAUGGUCCCGCGAGGACGUGGCGACGUUCCUGCGAUGGGCCGAGCGAGAAUUCGACCUACCCCAAUUCGACAUGGACAUGUUCCAAAUGAACGGCAAGGCGCUCUGUCUGCUGACAAAGGCGGAUUUGGGAGAGAGGUGUCCAGGCGCUGGCGACGUGUUGCACAACGUGCUGUCGAUGCUGGCCAGAGACUUUAGCCAGCUUCAAAGAUGUCUUCCCAGCAGUCCAGUGACGCCCACGAGACCGUCCGCGUAUCCCCUCAGCCCCCAUUCGCAUCCUCCUACCCCGACCUGGACGGAGAACCCGUACACGGCGAAUCUGGCCUCGUUAAUGUCGGCGAAUUCGGUGACGCUGUCCCCGGCGCCCUCGGUCGACAGUCAAGCAGGUUCGCCGGGGCACACGGAAGGUACUCAGAGUCAGGUUUACAAAAGCGACUCGGACGAGGACAAUCAACAGGCGGCGAACGGAAGCCCACCGGCCACCCCGACCGCCCUCGCAGCGCAGAGGUUAAGCGAAGUUUGCGUCAAGGAUCAGCCCAGUCCCACGUUGACGCAACCGAUGAUGCCUCUGACGCCCGGUGCCUUCAGAACGAACCCUGCCAGCGCUGCGAGAGAGUUCUUCCCCAGCGACUCCCCGGAACCCAAUACGAAUGGUAGACUUUUGUGGGAUUUUCUGCAACAACUUUUGAACGAUCCCUCGCAACGGUAUACGCACUACAUCGCGUGGAAAAGUCGGGAAACGGGGGUAUUUAAAAUCGUUGACCCCCCUGGACUUGCGAGGCUCUGGGGCAUCCAGAAGAAUCAUCUUUCGAUGAAUUACGAUAAAAUGAGCAGAGCCCUCCGAUACUAUUACCGAGUGAACAUCUUGCGAAAGGUCCAAGGAGAACGACACUGUUACCAGUUUCUGCGAAAUCCAACGGAGCUGAAGAACAUAAAGAACAUAUCUCUGCUGCGUCAGCAAAUGCGGAUAAAGUCAGAGCCGGAAGAAGAAGGCGGAAGUGGCGUCGAGCCGGAAAUCGAUAUGCCGACGGACCUCUCCAUGUCUAGCAUGAGUCAGCCAUCCAGCGAGCAACAACAACAACAACAACAACAACAACAGCAGCAGCAGCAGCAGCAGCAACAACAGCAGCAACAACCUCUGUCUCUUCACGAUCCACCCGCAAAGUAUAGAAGUCACGCGUAUAAUCUCGUGAAAACUAAUCAAGAGUCUGAAGAGAAAAAGUGA